UCAGUCUCCCAGAAAAGAAUUACAAACGUUGGAAUCCUUUGGAUUUUUGCGCGUGAGCUGGCGUGACGUCGACGUGCAGCACAUUUUAAUUUAUUAACCCGACUGCGCGCACGUACACAUUAGCUGCGUUCAUCUGAUUAGAGCGGUUUUUAAAACUAACUAGUACCGAAUACUGGAAUAUGUCAGGGGAUUGCGGCAACACUGCGAAAAUACCAACUAAACUUGUGGAUGUUCAAGGCGACAAAAGAUGGGAAGAUUUACACCAAGAAUAUUGUCACCAGAGCAAAGAGAAGGAAGCCAAUGUAAUCUUUAUAGGAGAUUCACUGGUUUUGCAGAUGUCUCAGUAUGCAGAGUGUGAUAGUCAGCUUGCUCCAUUGCAUUGUCUGAAUUUUGGUAUUGGCGGUGAUCGAACUGAACAUGUAUUAUGGAGAAUAGAAAAUGGAGUACUGGACAACAUCAAUACAAAAGUGGUUGUGAUAUGGUGUGGAACUAAUAACCAUGGCAACACCCCUUCACAAAUUGCAAAUGGAAUCCUAGCUAUCGCAGACUUGGUGUUACGAAAGCAGCCUGAAUGCACUGUCAUUAUUAUGAGCAUCCUGCCGAGAGGAAAAUAUCCAAACCCGUUGCGAGAACGCAAUUCACAAGCAAAUGAGCUUGUACAAAAACUCGUCAGCAAUCGAUCACAAGUGCGCUAUUUUGAUAUUACCGAAGGUUUUGUGUCUUCUGAAGGCACAGUAUCUAUAUCAGAUAUGUAUGAUUAUUUACAUUUAACUCGGCAUGGAUACGAGAAGAUAAUCUCACCAUUGGUGGAUGAAAUAAAGAGCAUAUUAGGCGACUGAAUGACAAUUCUCCUGCAACGUUGAUGACUAACAACUGGUCUAAUAUAGCACAUACAUGAUGAUCAUCAACUACACAAGAACUGGGUCCAAGGGCAAUUCAUGGCACUAUUUGCAUCAAUAAACUAGGGCCAGCCUUUCCUACUCGUGUCCCAUUGUUUUUCUGUUAAUUAAGCAUGGUUUGUGGUGAAUCAAGUUAAAUAGUUGUUGUGCCCGGUAUGAAUGUGUUUCGUUAUAUAUCAAUUUUUUUUUUAUUGUAUUUUUGUUGCCACUAACCAAUUUUUGAAGCACUGAUAUUGCAACCUAUUGACCAAGCAAUUAUAGUCAGCAUGAUUUACAAGUUGUUAAAUUGAUUCCUACGAUCACUAUCUUUCAUUGUUGUGAUCUGCUUUGGUUCUAUAUCAGUGGUCCCUUUUUUUCGAGUGGCCCAUAUUUUUGUUUGAAAGUCUCGUGACCAAAGGAAAUGCUAGAAAACUAAAAUAGCUUGUAGUACAUUUAUUUAUACUUCAAUAACAUUUAGUUACCCAGAUGUAAGGGCAGCGCUUGUUUACCAUCGGCGAGUUUUCGAAGUGGUGGCCUGGCUUUCUUUACUCAUCAAAAUGAAUGCUGCCAAGUGACCAACAAAAACCAAGGCCCCAGAAUAUUUUUUGUUGCAACCCAUAGGUUUGGAAACACUGUUCCAUAUAAUCUGGCAAACUUUAGCUGUUAUACACAAACUCUGAUAGAAAUACAUUCCUGCCUUUGUCAGUCUAUAUAAUAAUACAUAUACCUUAUCGCAAACAAUUUAUAAAUAUUACAUACUCUGGUUGCUGUUUUAUUUACGUUUGUGAAAACAUUGUUUUGCACUUUGUACUACGUAUAAAAAAAUAUUUCGCAAUAAAUUAGUGUGACCAA